AUGCAACCUAUGACCAGAACAUCCAAAGGAAAAACCAUGGAAAAUAUCCCUAUCGUUAACCUUCCAGCCUCUUCUCCAACGCCCUCACCCCCACCCAUAGAUUCAAGUUCGACCAAAGUCAUCACUCAAACCCGACGUUCUAAACGUCGUCUCAACUCUGAGAUCUCGGCUCAAGAUGACACUAAAACGUCAGGUUCUUCCACGUCUAAAGGAAUCUCACCACAGCCCACAGUUAGCUCUUAUACUAAUGUAAAGACAUAUAAGCGCCAGAAAAUCACUUCAACAACAGAAACAAAUGACGCGUACGCAAAGACUAAAGCUACCUAUGCUGCAACAGAAUUGGCGAGUCUCGUUCCUCAACAUCACGAAGAAAAGAUCUUUAAGAAUUUUCGGUUACGUCGUAUAGUCAAAGAAAAUCACGGUCAUGAUAUUAAUCAGUUGGCGUUCUUUUUCAACUUAAAUAAUUACGGUACACCGAUCGGAUCUGAAUAUCGUAAGGAUUACAAUAAGCAUGGACAUGUAGUUCGUGAUGUCGGCGAUACGAGUAAUAUAUUGUCGAGUGUUGGCGAUGUGCAGGCAAACAUUUAUGAUAAUGAACAUUGCGGUGAUCAUUUGGAUAUUAUGUCGAACUUUUCGUUAGAAGAUGAGUCAGGAAAGAAUUUCAACGUGUCAGAAUUAUUAACUUGUUGCUGGUUGCAUAGACCAAAUGACGCUUUGUUGGCAGUCGCUGGCAGAUCCAAAAUAAUCUACAUAAUAAGCCUUGCGACUUCGUCUACUUUAAGAGAAUUAUCUGGUCACAAAGACGUAAUCACUGAUAUUGCCAAACAUCCAAAGGACGAUCUACAUUUAUUAUCAGCAUCUAAUGAUAACACCGUAAGAUUAUGGAAUACAGAUACCAGUCAAUGUUUGUACAUAUUUGAAACUAGUGCAUCGGCAAUAUGUUGGAAUCCUUCAGGUGAAAUUUUCUUGACCGGAAGUUACAAAGGGCAUAUUUUACAAUGGUUGGUGCCAGAUCAAUCACUUGAUUCUGAAAAUCCUCGACGUUUUAAGGAGAAAGAUCUCGUGAUCAAUAUGAAUGAAUUACAUAUGGAUGCGAUAGAUUGUAUACGUUUCGUCAAUGGUAAUGUACUGACAAAGUCAAUAGAUGGUAAGUUGGAACAUUGGAACCCAGAAACAAUGUACAUAUACAAAUCAUAUAAUAUUAAGAACGGCUCAAAUAAUCGAUCACGAUUCGACGUGAGCCUGGAUGGAUGUUUUUUUUGUGUUGGAACGAACAUCGGUAGUGUUUGUGUUUAUAACUUAACAACAGGAAAAUUGGUCACUGAACUUCGACAUCGACGUUCAAUCAAAGCAGUCAGAUGCUGUGCUUUUACCAAGGAUUACAAACAAAUCGUAGCAGGUGGAGAGGAAUCUUUUAUUUGGAGAUAUGAUUAUGUUAGUAAUGAAACUUUGGAAGAAUGGGAAAAGUGGACAGCUUCUGAUUGA